UCUUUCUGUCUCUUCGUCCCUUCUGUUUCGCUUUCUUGACGCGCUCUGCCUGAAGCAUGUUCGUCGAUCUUCUCGCCCUCUCCCUCUCUGUGAAAUCUCUCUUUCCGAGUGAAUUUGAGUCGGGAUUCUCUCACGCAAGUGGGUCUUCGUCCUUUCCGAUGAGGAGGAAUUAGAUGAUUAGGGGUUGUCUCCCAUGCCUUAGAAUCGCUUCACCGAGUGUGAGGGUUUUCUGGGAAACUCGCGUUGGAUUUGGGCGUUUUGCAAGGCGGAUCACAUCAGUGUAGUGUUAAUUUAGAAGUAAAAGUACGGUCUUGAUCGUGUUGUGUUGUGGUAGGGUUUCUAUCCAGUGAAGUCUCUUGAGAGAUUUGAGUGUGUGUAAAUUGGUGGGAACAUUGCUUGAGGCAGGUCGCCUUGGUUUUGGUUAAUUUCUUUUCGUCUUCUUGAUCUGUAGUUGAACUAAUGGCAAAGGACACAUUUUCUUCGGACAAGGGGAAGAAAGAUGAGAGUAAUUCCUCCAAGGAGAGGACUGUUCAGGAAGCACCAUCAAAGAAACCUGCUUCUUUGCAAUUUAACACUACAGAGAGACCAGAAAAACAAAUUCCCUCGACUUAUUCAGUUGCCAGAAAGUCAGAGAGAAUGGAGAGGAAGAAUGCUCCGAGCCCUUUGAGGAAGUCUGGUAAAAUUGCGGGACCUUCCUCAGAUACCGACCAGAGAAAGCUCAAAAAGGAGAAGAGUAUGGAAGAGUUGACCAGUCCGAUCAGACAAUGCAAGCCCAGAAUGACUGGCCGGGUUUAUAGAGCAUUGUUUAUACGGCAACCAAAGAAAUCUGAGUACUUGGCUGAUCAAAAUGGAAGCAAAGAUAAUGACACAUACCCUGAUGAUGGCAAUGAGUUUGAUCGAAACAAUGGAAAGGAUAUGGCAGAAACCUUCGCACAAGUUACUCAUGAUGAUCAUCUAGAGCAAGCAGUAUCUCUCUCUCCCCCCUCGUUCCAGGAGAUUGACCAUGUGGAAGAAGUGACCACUUCUCCAAAUGCCGAGGAAGUAGGAGUAACUGUUACCUCGUGCAUAGCAGAUGAUGAAAAUGUUGGUGCUUUAAAAGUUGGCUUGGAAGGUAAAAAACUAGAGAAUCCAGAACCCCAAAAGCUGGUAGCUGAUCUAGCUGUUGCACGAAAGGAUGCAGAUUCAUCUUUGAAACGGAAAAGGGACAGAGCAGAGGCAGUGCCAGAUACUCCUGCCAUGGUUGUUAAUGGAGAUGACUGCAAUAUGAGUCAUGAAGGGACCAUUCCAUCAACAUCUGAGUGCAAAAAUGAUGAUCAUCCCCAAAUGUGCAACAUGUUUCAGAAAAGGCAUAAGGUCAACAACGAUUCAGCAAACCUGGCGAAUUGCACCUGCGGUACUAAGCCUGAUCAGGAAUUUGAUGAUUGCACGACACAGGAUCAGGGGGAAUCUGAACCUGCUGCAAGCAAAGACUUUGGGGAGACUAAUGAACAAAUUAUUCAACAAGAUGAAUCACAUGAUUACAAAGCAGAUUCAUCGAGCUAUCCUGAGUACUGGGUGCCUGUGCAGAUAUCAGAUAUACAGCUAGAGCAAUACUGUGCGAUUCUGCUGUCCAAUUCGUUGUCUCUCUGUUCGUUGUCGAAGAAUGAUCCCGUCAGAGAGUUGCAUAACAUUCUUAUUUCUGCCAGGAAGACCUGCGACCAUCCAUAUCAUGUGGAUGAAUCGGUGCGCUCGCUGGUCAUCAAGAAUCUCAAGGUAGGCGAAAUAUUAGACGUAGAAAUCAAAGCAAGUGGGAAAUUACGGCUACUUGACGCAAUGCUGACUGAGAUAAAGAGGAAAGGUUCGAAAGUGGUUGUCUUCUUCCAGGGUUUGGCGGGUGAUCUUCUUGACCUGUUUAUGCGUCAGAGAUUUGGAGAACCAUCUUUUGGGCGUAUAGAUCAUAAUGUUUCGCCUUCAAAGAAACGAUGCUCUAUGAACAAAUUCAACAAAGAAAGUGAAAGAUUUGUGCUACUGUUGGAAACACGUGCCUGCUCAAACACUGUUAAACUUUCGUCAGUUGAAGCUUUUAUUCUUUUUGAUAGCAGCUGGAAUCCAGUGCAAGAUCUAAGGUUCAUAGAGAAGAUCAAGAUCGAGUCACAGUCAGAAAGAACUAAAAUAUUCCGAUUGUACACAUCAUGUACUGUUGAAGAAAAGGCUCUACUUCUAGCUAGACAGAAUAAGCAUGUUGCAGAGAACCCAAGCCGUCUUGUUAUUCAUGCGCUGCUCAUGUGGGGUUCGUCCUAUUUAUUUGAUAAGCUAGAGCAUUUUCACAGCAAUCAAACCUCAGAAUCAGGAGUGCUUUUUGAGCGAUCUAUAGUUGAAGGUGUGAUUGAUGAGAUUUUGUCUGUACUUUAUCCCAGAAGUGGCGACAAGAAGAAAGACAAGCGUUAUCUAAUCUUGGAAGCCAAGUAUGUUAAGGGAAUUUACCAUACUGAUUCAGCAUUAUUUGGUGAAGAGAAGGUUAAGCUGUCAGAUGAGGAUAGUCCAAACAUAUUUUGGUCGAAAUUGUUGAAUCAAAGGAGUCCAACAUGGAGAUACUGUUCAGUUUCACAGCAAAGAAUCCGGAAAAGGGCAAGUUAUUUUGAGGAUUCUGAAACUAGUGAUAGAGUUGCAAAUGUGAGAGUUGCAGAGAAGUGUAAGAAGGCUGCCGCUUAUAUAUUUGAUCCCCCAGCGCGUCAUGAGGAAGAAAAUGCCUUUGGGCUGAAACAUGUUUCUUCUGCAGGGGCUUUGGAAUCACCCAGAUCUGCUUCUAGUAUUGAUAACAUGUUGCACGUGAAUGAUGCUGUUGGAUUUUAUUCUUCGGGCGGUAACAUCUCUGAAAUCCCAGAGGAUAUAGCCGGCAAUGAUGGCGGGAAAGGACUCUACGAGGCACAGAAAGGUCUCCAUGCUGCUCUAAAGCUGGAGAUGGCAAAACUUUUCCAAGUUUUACAUCUUUCGGCAGAUGUGACGAGUGUUGCUGAGAAUUUUCUUGAAUAUGUCAUCAGUAACCAUCGUGUCUGCAAAGAACAAACAACAGAAUUGCAGGCUUUCCAGAUAGCCGUGUGUUGGGUCGCAGCCACAUCUCAAAAGCAACAACUUAACCGCCGUGAAACUCUGGCUCUUGCUAAAGAUCAUCUAGCAUACGGUUGUUCAAGGGAAGUUGUUGAUUUUAUCUAUUCAAUGUUGUGCUGUUUGAGGAGUAAAUUCUUGAAGAGCCACAGGGGUUCAAUGUUGGACUUCCUUCCAGAAAAUUCUGAACAACCAGUGGAAUGUACCAGUAGGAAUCAAGUGGAAGAAAAUAAGUCACAAGAAAUGCUUCUCCAAGAAAAGAAUACUGGAAAAGCGUGUGCUUCCGAGAGUCAAGCAUGCCUGUCUGAGCUGAGAGGUACUGAUUAUGAUUCACUGAGGAGAGAUGUUGACAAGAGUGCCAAAGACAUUGUAAAGAAAUGGAGUAAGCAAUCCAAAAAGCUUCAGGCAAGGCAUGAGGAAGAAAAGAUGGAGCUGGCAAGAAACUAUGAAAAGGCGAAGAGCGACUUGGAAAAAAACAAAAAAGCAAAGGCACUAGUUAUCAAUAUCGCGUGGAGGGCCGGAAGUCCAAGUAAGAUAGGUGAGCUUAAAGCAAUGGACCGUGAUUUCAAGAGGAAGUUUGAUCAGCUCAAAAGCCAGAUGGAUGAAAGCCUAAAGAAUCUAGAGGAGAGGCACGAGGCUGAAAGGAAGAAGUUGGAUGAAUAUGAAGCUGAUCAGAUUAAACGAAUGGGGAGAUGGACAGAAGAUUUACUCGGUGGAGUAAUUCCAUCAAUCACUUCUGAAAAUGCUCCCGAUGUGGCUGGAACACAUAAUGACCUUGCUGGUGAUGUGAGCGGAGGAUAUGAGGAAUGGCAAGAGGCCAAUGAGCCUUUGGCAAAAUCCCAGAACGAGAUAGGAACCGUCAUGGCUGAUAACUCUCAACUUGAUGUCCCUGAAAUGGUGAGAAAUGGUCAAGAGGAUACCGCGGUUGAGAGCAGGUCUAGUGAACCUACUUCAGUUACUGAUCCUGAGAUUUGUUCUGAUGUUGACUGUCAAGAGAAAGUUGCAGCCUCGAAUGUACUUUUGUCUGAAGAUCAGGUUUUUGAUGAAGUGACGCGACCAGUACCUAAUGAAGAUGUUACCUUGCGGGUGCUGGAGAUGUCUCAGCCUCUAGAAAAUGGUGUCUCGGAUGAUCUGCCUUUGAAUAGAGUGCAAGCUUUGCUUUUGGAAGAAAAUAAUGAAGCAAGAAAUUUGAAUACCGACUCUGCUCCCUCCUUGGUCAUGUGGAACGGCGAAACUUGUUCUCCCAAUCACGAGUCUCCAGGAGAGUUGGCGUGGCCUUUGGAGCACCCUGUCCCUGGAGUAGAGUCUGGCGGUUCUGCCAUACCAGAUCAAACUGCUCAUGAUAUGUGUCCACCUCCAUUUUCACCGGCUGGAACUGAACAAGACGCCGCACCAAACACUGAGAGCCAAAAUAUCAAAGAAGCAGCUGAGCCUUCCAUAGCUGAACCAGAUCCUCAUGAAGUGGAAGUAGCUGAGGCUUCCGUAGCUGAACCAGAUACUCUUCAAGUGGAAGUGGCUGAGCCUUCCGUUGCUGAACCAGAUACUCCUCAAGUGAAAGUGGCUGAGCCUUCCAUAGCUGAACCAGAUCCUCUUGAAGUGGAAGUGGCUGAGCCUUCCGUUGCUGAACGAGAUCCUCGUCAAAUGGAACUGGCUGAGCCUGCCAUAGCUGAACCAGAUCAUCAUGAAGUGGAAGUAGUUGAGCAUUACAUAGCUGAACCAGAUCCUCGUCAAAUGGAAGUAGCUGAAUCUCCAUGCAAUUCAAGCAACAGAGUUGUUUCCCAAAAUCCCGAGACUUUGUUCCAUCAUGCAGAGAACCUUGUAGAACUUGUCCAGGAAGGUAUAGUGGAGCUUUCAGCAGGUGUUGCAGCGUACCAGCCAGCUACCACUGAAGGCAGAUCGAUGACCUUCACCGAUCAUAUACCACAGAGCUCCGGUCUAGCUGCUUUGCAGAUGCCCCUACCGCUGCUUGGGGACCCGUUUCAAUACGAGAUAGAGAAGAUACACAGAGAAGCGGAGACAAAUGGGAAAUUCCAUGAAGAUACAAAAACACAGUUGAAGACUGAAUUUGAAAUUAAGAUGGCUGAAUUUGAAAUUAAGAUGGUUGAGUUACGGCGUGAGUAUGACAUUAAAUUCCAUGAAGAAGACACCAAGUUCCAGGCCAGAGCAAAGGAGUUGGAAACCUAUAAGAAUCUAAUCAUCAUGAACAAGCACUUGGUAGAUGCUUUCAAGUCUAUAUGUUCGGAACCAACUACUUCUAUAACGGCAACUUCAAAGGAUACAAACUCUGGUGUGGUACAUCUACUUACACGGCAACUCACACAUGCCCAAGCACAGAGGAAUAAUCCUGCUGCCCCUUCUCGCCCCUCGGUCACAUCAAUGGCUCCUCCACGAUCUCAAUUGACCGUCUCUUCCGUUAUUCAUCUGCCAGUUCCUCCUGUCCCUCAUUUCCCUCGUCCUUUAGUCCCUCCUCCGCAAUUUCAUCUGAGCGUUCCUCGCGUCCCUCCUUUCCCUCUUCCAUUAGUCCAUAUGCCACAAUCUCAGCCUACCGUUUCUCCCAUCCCUGCUCAACGUUUCUCAUCAGUACCUCAUCAGUCAAGGCUGCCGCCUGUAAUCACAAACACGAACCAAUCUCCGGGAUCUCCAUCACCUGCUACGCCAUAUGGGUAUCAGGGAGUACGUGCUCCAGCCCCGCAUCUGCAGUCAUACAGAUCGUCCUCCUCCUCACCAGCCAACAUUAAUGUCCAACGAGCACCGUCUCCCUUUUCUCGGAACUCUAUUCCUGCUAGUAUUCCCCUACCCGAGGCUUGUGAAGGGCCGAACACUGUCGCCUUGAACCUGCCUCCUGCAGGUUCUGCUCCAACAUUCUCAAGUAUGGUGGUUCAGCAGGAACAGGAACUGGAACAAGGUGGAGGGAAUUCAACUGGUGGUGUUUCAGAUGUGGUCUGUCUUUCAGAUGAUGACUGAGUGAUAAAAAAAAGAUGGUGGAAUAUUAAUUAUUAUUAUUAUUAUCAUUAUUAUUAUUAUUAUUAUUGUAAUUUUUGGGGAUCUGAAGGUAUAGAUACUCGUAUAUAACAUAACAGAUUUGUAGGUC